AUGAUUACUCCCCGGAUUACCAUGACUCGGAUGCACUUUGGAUUCAAUUUCCUACUCCUUAUUGCCGCAUCCUCCAUUAAUGGGAAUCAACAAAUCUCGAAGCGGACGGACCCGGCAGCGGAUGCGCUGAAGCUCACGCCCGAGGAAGAGACGGCCCACUUCGUCAACCAGUCGCGCAUGGUCACCUGCAGCCACACGAACGCGGAAGUGAAGCUAAAGUGGCGAAAUCCGAAAAAUGUCGUCAUUAGCGAAACCAAGGGCCGGGUACACAUCGAGGACAAGGGCGAUUCGCUGUCGCUGAUAUUCGAAGCGAUUGCCCGGUCCGACCAGGGCAACUGGACGUGCGAGGUGGACGUCGAGGGAACGGGCACCGCUACCGAGGGACGGGUAACCGUGCCGGCGCUGCGCAAGUCCUUUAAAAUGAUCGUUUACGAACCUAUUUCCUUCCGGGAUACCAGCACCGUGCAAACGGCCGUAGAAGAUAAGGAUGCAACCAUCCGCUGCGAGGUAAAAGGACAUCCGGAACCGUCCGUAUCCUGGUACUUUAACGGGCAACCCCUGUUCUUCUCCAACAACGGGCGCUACAGCAAGCUGGCGGACGGGAUGUCCAUCAAAAAGGUCGUCCAGAACGAUAGUGGCGAGUACACGUGCAAAGCGUUCCAGAUCUCGGCCACCGGAAGCAGCUUCGAGGAGAAGACGAUUCGACUGAACAUCAAACAUAAACCCUACCUGCCGGCAUGGAAACCAUCCGUGUCGGACGCGUACGGGUACGUUGGUGGGGUGGUUAAUAUAACGUGUGAAGCAACCGCCGAACCGCCGGCCAACUUCAGCUGGUCGGCAAACAAUAAAAAGCUUACCCCGAAAAGCCACAUCAUCUACAACGGGCGCCAUGUGUCGAUGCUGCAGAUCAUGAUCAAAACCAGCAGCAUAUUCGGAAAGUACAAGUGCGAGGCCAAAAACGAACUUGGGACGGUGUCGCAGGAGAUUCACCUGAAGGAGGGCACCAAACCCGAUCCACCGAGUCUGUUUCAGCUACGUGGUGUCAACUCGGACACGCUCGACAUCGACGUAGGUGCAACCAAAUCCCAUGACAUACCGCCCGAUCCGACCACCGUCAUCGGGUACCGGUUCGAGCUGAUGCCCACGGAGGAAUACUUAAAGUCCCGCUCGUGGGACGAGGCGAGCCGACGUGACUUCGAUGUGGCCGACGGUGCAACGUAUCUGCUGGUGCAGCUCAUACCCGACACCAAGUACCUCAUCCGCGUGGCCGCCCGCAAUGCGGCCGGGCUGAGCGAUUGGACCGAGGUGAAGGAAUUCUCGACACAUCCACUGCAACCGCACGGUACCAGCGGGUCGCCGGUUGCCAACGCGAAACCCACCGAUGUGUGCUUCAAGUUCGUUUGGUUCUUGGCCGUAGCGCUCCCGGCGGCCCUAUCCAUCACGCAUCACCGAUUUGCAGACCUAACCAAGGCCCGAUUCUAG